CGGGAGCCAGAGGGAGGUAGCGGGGCCAGCGCCGCUCAAGUCUCUAUCUCCUGGCUGCCUUCGCCCCCCACCCCAGCCGGCCCCCGUCCGCCACCCGGCGAACAAAAGCGGGCCGCCGCGCACCAUGCGGCCACUCGGAGCGCAGCCCGGGCCCUGCUAGUGAACGCGCAAGCCCACGCCGGGCCCCUGGGCCCACCUGGCCACGCACCGCUCUGUACGCACCGCUCUGCUCCGGCCCCGUCCGCCCGGGGGCGCCGCCGGCCGCACCUCACUCGGAGUCGCGAGCUGGCGCCAGGGCGGCCGGAGGAUGCCGAGGGGCCGGAGCCGGGCAGGCCUGAGGCCGAGGCGCGAGCUGCCCCCCGCUCCUACCCUGUGAGCCCCGCCAGGCCCUCGACGCGUGGUUCCUGAGCCCGCCAUCCCGGGGGGCUACAGCCAGUGCUGCUUCCCGGAGGCCGCGCCCCUCUCCCCGCGGCGCUGCGGACUCCACCACCGCCUCCGCCCAGAUCUUAAGCCUCCGCCUCCGGCCAUGGAGGUGGCCCCCGAGCAGCCGCGCUGGAUGGCUCACCCCGCCGUGCUGAACGCGCAGCACCCCGACUCGCACCACCCGGGCCUGGCGCACAACUACAUGGAGCCCGCGCAGCUGCUGCCUCCCGACGAGGUGGACGUCUUCUUCAACCACCUUGACUCGCAGGGCAACCCUUACUACGCCAACCCGGCCCACGCGCGGGCGCGCGUCUCCUACAGCCCCGCGCACGCCCGCUUGACCGGAGGCCAGAUGUGCCGCCCACACUUGUUGCACAGUCCUGGGUUGCCCUGGCUGGAUGGGGGUAAAGCGGCCCUCUCUGCAGCUGCAGCGCAUCACCACAACCCCUGGACCGUGAGCCCCUUCUCCAAGACGCCACUGCACCCCUCAGCUGCUGGAGGCCCUGGAGGGCCCCUCUCUGUGUACCCAGGGGCCGGGGGUGGGAGCGGGGGAGGCAGUGGGAGCUCUGUGGCCUCUCUCACCCCCACCGCAGCCCACUCUGGCUCCCACCUCUUUGGCUUCCCACCCACACCACCCAAGGAAGUGUCUCCGGACCCUAGCACCACUGGGGCUGCCUCCCCAGCCUCCUCCUCUGCAGGGGGUAGUGCAGCCCGAGGUGAAGACAAGGAUGGCGUCAAGUACCAGGUGUCACUGACAGAAAGCAUGAAGAUGGAAAGUGGCAGCCCCCUGCGCCCAGGCCUGGCUGCCAUGGGCACACAGCCGGCCACACACCACCCCAUCCCCACCUAUCCCUCCUAUGUGCCGGCCGCUGCCCAUGACUACAGCAGCGGACUCUUCCACCCUGGAGGCUUCCUGGGCGGCCCUGCCUCCAGCUUCACCCCUAAGCAGCGCAGCAAGGCCCGCUCCUGCUCAGAAGGCCGGGAGUGUGUCAACUGCGGGGCCACAGCCACCCCUCUCUGGAGACGCGACGGCACUGGCCAUUACCUGUGCAAUGCCUGCGGGCUCUACCACAAGAUGAACGGGCAGAACCGGCCGCUCAUCAAGCCCAAGCGGAGACUGUCGGCCGCCAGGAGAGCAGGCACCUGCUGUGCGAAUUGUCAGACGACAACCACCACCUUAUGGCGCCGAAACGCCAACGGGGACCCUGUCUGCAAUGCCUGUGGCCUCUACUACAAGCUGCACAAUGUGAAUAGGCCACUGACCAUGAAGAAGGAGGGGAUCCAGACUCGGAACAGGAAGAUGUCCAACAAGUCCAAGAAGAACAAGAAAGGGGCCGAGUGCUUUGAGGAGCUGUCCAAGUGCAUGCAGGAGAAGUCGGCCCCCUUCAGCGCUGCUGCCCUGGCUGGACACAUGGCGCCCGUGGGCCACCUCCCACCCUUCAGCCACUCGGGACACAUCUUGCCCACACCGACGCCCAUCCACCCCUCCUCCAGCCUCUCCUUCGGCCACCCCCACCCGUCCAGCAUGGUAACCGCCAUGGGCUAGGGACAGCCCCCCUCGAAUGGACAGACUGAUGCCAAGGAGGGUGGCCAGCAGCGCUGGGCUGGGUGCUCCCAGAUGGGUGGGUCAAACCCUUAGCUGCCCUCCCUUCCCUGGAGACUGAUGCCACCCCUUCCAGCCCAGCCAGAGCCCACGCUGCCUCGCCGGUGGGCUCCGCUCAGCCACGGCAGCCACUGUGAAAAUUCUCGCCGGGGUAGGGGGGCGGCCCCCGUCUGGCUGCUGCCAGGUGGGGUUUCCAUCACAGACAGUCAACUUGAUAAAAGAGAGGAGGGGGCAGAGGACAAAUGAAGGACACCGGUUUUAGAAGGAAAGGGGAAUAGGCAAGAAUAAUUUAUUUUGCUCUUGUUUCUAACAAGGACUGGGAGACUGGGAGGUCUGAGCUGCCCAAGUUCUCCGGGUCUUCCUGGGUGCCAAGUGCCCCUUGACCCACCUGCGUGCGAGGGUGAUGGGGCAGGCCUGCAGGGAUCUGAGCCUGCACCUUCUCCUCUGGCUUUCUUCUCUGAAACGCCGAACCCCAGGCUGGGCUGAGCCAGUGCAGAGGGGCUGCGGGCCAGGAGGCUGAGCUGGUGUGUGUGCUGGUGGCCAGGCCUGGAGGCAGAGACAAUCACAGGCGGUCCUGCGCAGAUUCCCAGGCCAGGGCUGGGUCACAGGAAGGAAACAACAUUUUCUUGAGAGGGGAAACGUCUCCCAGAUCACUGCCCUGGCUCUGAGGCCGAUGCUGUUGUGAUCUGUGUUGUCCCCUCAACGAGCCUGAGCCACAGCCUGCCUCCUCUGCCAGGUGGACCCCUGUACAUACAUCCUUUUUCUGCUAACCCCUCAACCCCCUCCCCUCCCACUCUGAGACAAAAGAAAAAAUAUUAAAAAAAAAACUGCAUAAGCUUAACUCGCUGAUGAGUUAGUUGUUUUAUUUUUAAACUCUUUUUUGGGUCCAGUCAAUUGUACGUUGCCACAGAAGCCCUUGCUGUGGAAAGGAAUAAAACCUGCAAACCAAGGCUGUAGCUUUGCAAUUAUUUUUGGAAAAGUUCCUGGAUCCCACAGCCCUGGAAUGGGCAACAGGGGGCCAGGGGUGGGGCAUUGGCUGCUCUUGGCUUCUGGGGGCUAGUCUGGCAGGUGGCGAAGGCAGGAGCUGGGGGUGAGUCAGAGCCGGGACCCAAGGAGGCCAUGACCUGGCUGGGGUCCUGGGAGGUGCCUGGGUUCUACUCUGCUUUUCUGUGGCUGGCUGGAUCCUUCCCAAGGUACAGCUGUACAUAACUGUGUCUGAGCUUAGAUUCUGUAUGCGGGGGUGGUGGGGUGCGGCAGCCAGUGAGGGCCCCAGGGCCUGGCCCAGGAAGAGGAUUGUGCUGAUGAAGUGACCAAGUGCAAUAUGGGCAAUCGCUGCAAGGGCACCUCAGCCAGGAGUAACUUAUUUUGUACUAGUAUCCGCAUAAGAAAAAGAAUCGGCAGUAUUUUCUGUUUUUAUGUUUUAUUUGGCUUGUUUUGUUUUGGAUUAGUGAACUAAGUUAUUGUUAAUUAUGUACAACAUUUAUAUAUUGUCUGUAAAAAUUGUAUGCUCUCCUCUUACUCCUCUAAAGUGAAUACUGUUAAGAAUAAUAAAAUACUUUUUGUGAAUGCC